AUGCAGUGUAGUAGUAGACAAUACUUUCUUUAUCUUUAUUGCUGAUAUUUCAAAACAUGUCGCAAAGUGAUGUGGAUAUUUUAAAACGUCAAGUAAGCAACCUCAGUACACUACUUUCUCGCUACCAAGAGGCAUAUCCAAAUUUUGUACUAGAAGAGAAUGAAAUUUCAAAAGAAGAGGCUAAAGAUCAACCUUGGUAUUCAGUUAGCAAUCAGCUGAACCCAUUGUUUCGAGAAUAUGAUGCAACUAUAUUUGGCUUGGAAAAGAAAAUAUCAGAUUUACAGGAUGAAAUACAAAGGCUGAGGACUCAAGCUAAAGAUUUAAUCAAUGAAAAUGAGAGGCACGUUGAUUUUAUUAUCAACUUUUGUUUGUUUACUUUGUCUUUAGCCAAUACUUGAAGAAGCUCUAAUGUGCUUUAGUUUUGUUAA